UUUGAGGCCACUGAGAGCAACAUCAAAGGGGUCGGAGAGCAACAUGUUGCUCACGAGCUACUGGUUGGGGAUUACUGCAUUUAAGACAUGUCUCUAAAUAUAUCAUCCGGGCAACAGAUCAGUGAUGUAUCAAAGCUAUCAAAAGCAUUACAUGGAAAGAGAGAGAUUACUGGCAGGGUAAUAUUGAAUGGUAUUUCGGAAACAGCAGAAUUUGUAAUGGAUUAUAUUCAGAACGUUGCAUAUUACAAAGAGGUGGAGGGAAAGGAGGUGCUCAUCACAGGGUGUGACACUGGAUUUGGAUUCGCUUUGGCAAAACACCUGCAUGAAUUAGGAUUUACGGUAUUUGCAGGGUGUUUGUUAAAGGAUACAAAUGGAAAUGGAGCCGAGGAGCUACAAGGAAUGCAGUCUGAUCGCAUGCAUGUUUUCCAGCUGAAUGUCUGCCAUGAGGGAGAGGUUGCCAAAGCAGUGGAGUUUGUCAAACAGCACCUAAAGAAUCCAGAAAAAGGUUUGUGGGGAGUGGUUAAUAACGCUGGCAUCUCUACAUUUGGAGAUGUGGAAUUCACAACUUUGGAUAAAUAUAAAGAGGUGAUGGAUGUUAAUCUGUGGGGAACUGUGCGAAUAACAAAAUCAUUCUUGCCUCUUAUUCGUCGAGCUAAAGGGCGGGUGGUUUGUGUGGGAAGUACACUUGGAAGGAUGUGCAAGCCAUCGCGGUCUUGUUACAGCAUAUCAAAAAUUGGAGUUGAAGCUUUCACAGGUUGCCUGAGACAGGAAAUGUACCAAUGGGGUGUAAAGGUCAUUAAUAUUGAAGCUGGGAACUUCAUUGCUGCCACCGAGCUUUUCACCAAGGAAGGUGUAGAGAGACGAGGAGACGAGAUGUGGGAGGAGGCCUCGGACAUAGUGCGUGCUGAUUAUGGAAAGACUCCUCUCGUUCAUCAGGUGACCAGGAUGAAGUCCAUUGUUGUCUGUGGUGCAAAGCAAACAACUGAUGUUCUAAAUGCAAUUACAGAUGCCUUGAGAUCUAAAUAUCCAUACACACACUACACCCUCGCAGACACCUAUUCGUGGAUAGAGUUCCAAAUUAUGGCUCACCUUCCCACCGCCAUUGCAGACUGGAUUUACAUUUCCUGACACAGUUUUGGUGUGUUUUUUUUAUUUAUUUAUUUUUAUUGACCACAAGAAUUUUCCUAUUCUAUAGUGGCCAGCUUUCCCUGGAAUCUUCCUCUCUAGUCCCUUUCUGCUUCAUGUAAUCAUAAGGUACCAUCCAGUCUGAUGUAUUCCAGCUCCUUUUGAACUUCAACCCCCAGUAUCUCUCAGAAGUCAUAUGGAGAAAAUAAAUUGUAGUUCAUGACUGUCUUGGGGUGGAAAACAUACAUGGGGAAAAAAUGCAGCUUUGGAAGGAUCACAGUGCUAGUGGAUCUAUGGCCAAUUCAGCCAUCCAGGUGGUGGAAUGAAUCUGGCUAUCAUCUCACAUUGUUGGCUGUGCAGACGUAAUCUGCAAAUUAGUUUAAGAAAGUCAAAAUUUCAACUAUAUUUCUCUGCUUUUGCACAAGCACCUUAUAGCUUAUCCCAGUUUCCAAUUGACUCUUGUACUUAAAUUGCCCUCUGUCUGUUACUAUUGUCUUUUUAUAGAAUUGCUUUUUUACAUUAAUGAAGGUUUUUCAUGCCUUAAUUGCUUGACAGCGGUAGGACGUAAAGCCCCUGUUAAGAUGGAUGAAUAUUUAGUCUUUUCUUGUCCUAUAAUGUGCAUUUGUUAUGCAGUAAAGGUGGAUUCAUUCUUGGAA